AUGUCUUGCAGGCAAAACUUUCGUGGAAUGCUAGAGGAGAAACGAACGAAAGUGGAAGACAAGGACGAGGUCGAGGCCGUGGACAAGGACAUGAGAUCCAAAGAAGAAGAAAAUAAACUUGUUGUGCACAGUGAAGAUGUUGAAGAACCAACAUUACUCCUUAUGCUCAAGGAAGAUCAAAAUUCUGAAGAUAGUGCGUGGUAUCUUGACAAUAGAGCUAGCAACCAUAUGACAGGUGAUAGGAGUAAAUUUGUAGCACUUGACACCAAUGUAAAAGGACACGUGCGUUUUGGUGAUGAAUCAAAAGUAGAGAUCAAUGGCAAAGGGACGAUUCUAUUCGAGCUGAAGAAUGGAAGUCAUAAGAUUCUUUCCGAUGUUAUUAUAUCCCAAAGUUGA